AUGCUUCUUGUGCAGUUUUGUUUUGCGAAUAGUGUAGACUUUUAUCUAUUUUCUUUGGCUUUCCUUUUCCCUAUAACUCCUAUUUUGUGGGAGUGCUACUUAGCAGCUUGGGUUUUCAUUGUUAGCUGCCUGCUCAAAGAUUUUGCUGCUACUAGCAGGAAUCUGGAACAAAUCUGUUGCCAUUGUCAAACGCACGCUAAGAAAGCUCCUUUCCAAGCUAAGGCUUACAAGAGAAAGGUUGAGUACGAGAAGGAGGCAUACAACAAGAAACUUGCUGAUGGUCCUGGUCCUGUUGAUGAAGAAUCUGACAAGUCAAGGUCUGAAGUGAAUGAUGACGAGGACGAUGAUGAAUUCAGCGGAGAGGAGAAGGAUGAUGAGUAA